AUGCAGUCCCGAUUGAUGCCGUCCAUCACUGGCCAGCAGGCCAUGCUGGGCCGCAUUCGCUUCCCCAGCACCCUGCGCCGGACCUUCAUGACCUCGCGAAUCUUCCUGCAAACCGCCUUCAGCUCGCAGCUGGAAGAUCCCGCCACCGCCGCCCUGUUCUCAUCUAUGCAAACGUCCAAGGCCGUCCCCCAGACCUUGACCGAGAAGAUCGUGCAGCAAUACUCCGUCGGUCUCCCCAAGGACAAGUUCGUCAAGUCCGGCGACUAUGUCACGAUCUCCCCGCACCGCUGCAUGACCCACGAUAACUCUUGGCCCGUUGCCUUGAAGUUCAUGUCCAUCGGUGCCUCAAAGAUCCACAAUCCAAACCAGAUCAUCAUGACCCUCGACCACGACGUGCAAAACAAGACCGAGAAGAACCUACAGAAGUACCAACAGAUCGAGGACUUUGCUAAGCACCAUGGUGUCGAAUUCUACCCCGCUGGACGUGGUAUUGGCCACCAAGUCAUGAUUGAAGAGGGUCUGGCUUGGCCCGGUACUAUGGCGGUUGCGUCUGAUAGUCACUCGAACAUGUACGGUGGAAUCUCGUGUCUGGGUACCCCUGUUGUGCGUACUGAUGCCGCAAGUAUCUGGGCCACCGGAAAGUCCUGGUGGCAAUUGCCCGCCUCCGCCAAGGUCACUUUCACCGGUGUUCUGCCCCCCGGCGUGACUGGCAAGGACGUGAUUGUGGCCCUCUGCGGACUUUUCGACAAGGACGACGUUCUGAACCACACCAUUGAGUUCACUGGCUCCGAGGAGACCAUGCGCAGUCUUUCCGUGGAUGACCGAUUGACCAUCGCCAACAUGACCACUGAGUGGGGCGCUUUGUCCGGUCUGUUCCCUAUGGACGACGUGCUGAAGGGUUGGAUGAAGGGCAAGGCUACCACUGCCGCUAUGGGUCUGGCCGAUGGUGAGGGUAUCUACAAGACCACCGCUCCCCAGCGGUUCACCCACGAGGCCAUCGAGGAGCUGUUUGCCAAUCGCUUGAUUGCUGACAAGGGUGCCAAAUACUCCAAGGAGCUCUUCCUUGACCUCUCUACGCUCUCCCCCUACAUUUCUGGACCGAACUCCGUCAAGGUUGCUACUCCUCUUAGCGAGCUCAAGGACAUCAAGGUCAACAAGGCCUACCUUGUUUCUUGUACCAACUCGCGUGCCUCGGAUAUCGCUGCUGCGGCUCGCGUAUUCAAGGAGGCUGCCGAAAAGAACGGUGGUGUUGUUCCCAAGAUAGCCGAGGGUGUGCAGUUCUACAUCGGUGCUGCUUCCAUUCCGGAGCAGAUGGCUGCCGAAGGUGCUGGUGACUGGCAGACCCUGGUCGACGCUGGCGCCACUGUGCUCCCUGCUGGCUGUGGUCCUUGCAUUGGACUGGGCACCGGUCUGCUUGAGCCUGGCGAGGUUGGUAUCAGUGCCUCGAACCGUAACUUCAAGGGCCGCAUGGGGAGCCCCGACGCUAAGGCCUACCUGGGUAGCCCUGAGGUCGUCGCGGCAUCCGCUCUGAGCGGUACCCUGUCCGGCCCCGGCUGGUACCAGACUCCUGAAGACUACCAGGGCGUCAUCCGUGGUGAGGGUGAUGGUAUCCGCGAGGAGGACCGUAUGCUUACCACCGAGGAAGCCCUGGAGAAGCUCCUUGGUCAGAUGGAUGACCUGGUCGCCGAUGGCGAGAAGGAAUUCGCUCCUGAGCCCUCAGCCGAGGCCGAGGAGGCACCCUCCUCCGACUCCUUGACCGAGCUCUACCCUGGUUUCCCCGAGCGUAUUUCCGGUGAACUUGUCUUCUGUGACGCCGACAACAUCAACACUGACGGAAUCUAUCCCGGCAAGUACACCUACCAAGACAACGUCUCCGAAGAAACCAUGGCCCAAGUCUGCAUGUCCAACUACGACACCGACUUCGCGACAAUCGCCAAGGAGGGCGACAUCCUCGUCUCCGGCUUCAACUUCGGCUGCGGUAGCUCCCGCGAGCAAGCCGCCACCGCCAUUCUCGCCAAGAAGAUCCCGCUCGUCGUUUCUGGCAGCUUCGGCAACAUCUUCUCCCGCAACAGCAUCAACAACGCCCUGAUGGGUCUCGAAGUCCCCCGCCUUAUCAACCGUCUGCGCGAACACUACGCUUCCGAGGGCAAGUCCCUGACCCGCCGCACCGGCUGGACUCUGACCUGGGACGUGCGCCGCAGCCAGAUCGAGGUGCAGGAGGGACCUAAUGGCGCGAAGUGGACUCACAAGGUUGGUGAGCUGCCUGCGAAUGUGCAGGAAAUUAUCGCCAAGGGCGGACUGGAGAAGUGGGUGAAGAAUGCCAUCGCGGCCUAG